AUGACGAUCAAGCACAACCAGCAGAUCCAGCACAACCGUGAGUCUCUUUUGAUCUUUCUCCCCAUUUUCGAUGCUCUGCGGAGCCGUCGCAGGCGGUUUGGCGACCGCUGGAAGCAACCAUAUAGAAAUGAACAACAUACUAACAGUCCUUCGCAGACUUCCGCAAGGAUUGGCAGCGCCGCGUCCGCGUGCACUUCGACCAGGUAAUUCCCCUCUCACCACACUGAGAGCAGUGGCGCCUGCAGUGCAAUCGCAACGACUCUGACCCACCUGCUUUAGCCCGGCCGCAAGCAGCGCAGACGCAAUGCCCGUCACGAGAAGGCCGCCAAGCUCGCGCCUCGCCCGGUCGACAAGCUCCGCCCAGUUGUCCGCUGCCCGACCAUCAAGUACAACCGCCGUGUGCGUGCUGGCCGUGGGUUCUCCCUUGCUGAGCUAAAGGUACGAAUUAUGCGAACAAGACAUUGCUCUGCGACCUGUCUGAUAAAAGGUGUUAUAGGAAGCUGGCAUCCCACGCAAGCUUGCGCCCACCAUCGGAAUCUCGGUCGAUCCACGCCGUCAGAACCUGUCCGAGGAGUCGCUCAAGGCCAACGUCGAGCGCCUGAAGGCCUACAGACAGCGCCUCGUCCUCUUCCCACGCAAGAUCAAGUCGCCAAAGAACGGCGACUCUACUGCCGAGGAGGUCAACGCCGCCCGCCAAGCUGGCGAAGAUCCUUACGACGCCAAGGUCAAGCUCAGCAACAAGGCCUUCCCAAUCUCCAACAAGAUCACCAUUGAGGAGGGCAAGGUUUCCGACUACCCACCCACCGAGAAUGCUUACCGCAAGCUGCGCGACGCUCGCUCGGAAGCCCGCAACUUCGGCAAGCGCGAGAAGCGUGCGAAGGCCAAGGAGGACGAGGCUGCUGCUGCGAAGAAAUAG